AUGGGUGAGGAAGUGAAGCUGUUGGGGCUUUGGAAAAGCCCAUUUAGUUCCAGAGUGGAAAUAGCUCUGAGACUGAAAGGGGUGCAGUAUGAGUUCUUUGAAGAGGACCUGCACAACAAGAGUGCUUUGCUUCUCAAAUCCAACCCAGUUCACAAGAAGAUCCCUGUGCUCCUGCACAAUGACAAACCAAUAGCAGAGUCCCAAGUCAUUCUUGAAUAUAUUGAUGAGACCUGGAAGCAGGGGUUUUCCAUUUUGCCUGAAGAUCCUUAUGAAAGAGCCCAUGCACGCUUCUGGGCUAGGUUCAUUGAUGAAAAGUGCUUGCCUGCAAUAUGGAAUGCUUGCUGGGGUAGUGAGGAACAUGAGAAGGCUAUGGAAGAAGCAUGUGAGCUUCUGAAACUACUUGAACAUGAGCUCAAGGGUAACAAGUUCUUUGGGGGAGAGAAAGUUGGCCUUGUGGAUAUUGUUGGUAACUUCAUAGCCUACUGGCUGAGAGCCAUUCAAGAAGUUGUGGGAGUGGAGAUUUUUACCAAAGAGAAGCUUCCCAAGCUAUACGAUUGGAGUGAUGAGUUCGUCAAUGUUCUUCAGGAAAGUUUGCCUGCAAGAGAUAAACUAGUUGCUUUCUUCCGGGUCAGCUUUGGGAGCACCACUACUACUUCUAAUUCUACUUCCACUUCCAACUAA